UUGGCCGGCGGCUGAGGAACAUGCUUCAGGAAGGAGCACAUGGAAAAUGGACAGUAUCUAGCAGUGAUGAAAGUACUGAAGAAAAUUCUGAUAAUGAGAAACCAUCUACAUCUUCGUUAUUGCAUGCUGCACGUGGCAGAACAAGUGGUCCGCAAUAUCCAUGCUCUGAGGCUAGGAAAGCUGCUCACAAGAGAAAGGCCUCUCCCCUGAAGUUUAGUGACACAAGUUUUCCUGCGGAAAUACGUCCAGCUGAGAAACAGAGACCCAGCCAAGAAGGCUUAGGUUGGUGUCUUUCUAGUAGUGAUGAAGAGCCUGAAGAUCAGGAAACACAAAUGCAGAAAGAAACAGUGAAAGAGGAGAAGAAUGAUGCACCCAAAGAGCAUUCUCUGAAUUUUCACAAAGAAAAUGAACUCUCAGAGAACCUGAAGGCGGAGGAGUAUUGUGAAGCCCAGGAUACCUGGGAUUUGUUGAAUGGAGGCAACCCUUUCAGAUUUUUCCUUACUAAAGUCAGAGGGAUCAAACAGAGUUAUAAUUCUGGAGCCCUACACAUAAAAGAUAUUUUGUCUCCUCUUUUUGGGACUCUCCUAUCUUCUGCUCAGUUUAAUUACUGUAUAGAUGUGGAAUGGCUUGUAAGACAGUAUUCACAGGAAUUCAGGAAGAAGCCAUUAUUGAUAGUUCACGGUGAAAAGAGAGAAUCCAAAGCUGAACUGCUUGCACAAGCACGCCCUUAUGAGAACAUUAGCUUUUGUCAGGCUAAGCUGGAUAUUGCGUUUGGAACUCACCAUACGAAAAUGAUGUUAUUGCUAUAUGAAGAAGGUCUUCGAGUUGUGAUACAUACAUCUAAUCUUAUUGCUGAAGAUUGGCACCAGAAAACUCAGGGAAUAUGGAUAAGUCCUUUAUAUCCAAGGCUACCUCAGGGAACAACUGGUUCUGCUGGUGAAUCUGAAACUAAUUUUAAAUCUGACCUGAUAAGCUAUUUGAUGGCUUACAAUUCUCCUACACUCAAGGAAUGGAUAGAUAAGAUUCAAGAGCAUGAUUUGUCAGAGACAAGAGUGUAUCUGCUUGGUUCUACUCCUGGACGAUAUCAAGGUAUUGAUAAAGAAAAGUGGGGUCAUCUUAGGCUCAGAAAGCUUUUGAAAGAGCAUGCCUCAUCAGUACCAGCACAGGAAUCUUGGCCUGUUGUCGGACAGUUCUCGAGCAUUGGCUCAAUGGGAGCGGACGAGUCCAAGUGGCUGUGCUCAGAGUUCCAGGAGAGCCUGGUGGCCACAGGCAGCGAUGUCACAACUCUCCGUAAAUAUGAUGUUCCGAUUCACUUGGUUUAUCCUACUGUGGACAAUGUGAGGCAAAGUCUGGAAGGCUAUCCUGCUGGUGGCUCACUUCCCUACAGUAUACAAACAGCGCAGAAACAGCUGUGGUUGCAUUCCUAUUUUCAUAAAUGGUCAGCAGAAGUUUCUGGUCGAAGUCAUGCCAUGCCUCACAUCAAGACAUACAUGAGACCCUCUCCUGACUUCCAGAAGAUUGCAUGGUUUUUAGUUACAAGUGCCAAUCUAUCUAAAGCAGCUUGGGGAGCUCUGGAGAAAAAUGGCACCCAGCUAAUGAUCCGUUCUUAUGAACUUGGAGUCCUUUUCUUGCCUUCAGCAUUUGGAUUGGACAAAGGUUACUUUCAUGUAAAAGGGAAACUGCUUUCGGAAAGUAAUGAUCCAGCAACAUCUUUUCCUGUACCUUAUGACCUGCCCCCAGAACAGUAUGGAAGCAAAGAUCGCCCAUGGAUUUGGAAUAUUCCUUACACUAAUGCCCCUGAUACACAUGGAAAUAUGUGGGUUCCAUCAUGAAAGUUUCCAGUGUUCUGUGAUAUUUCACCUAUUUACACUGAGCCUUCCACACAAGAUGUGAAACUGUUUAUUUCUGUUUUAAGCUAUAAUGGCUAAUUUUUGGUUGAAAGAAUUACUUAAAUAUUGAUAAUGAGGUUUUGGGAGGAUCUGUGACUUUAUUAUUAUAUAAUAGCUUAAAACACUGCAUUUUAAAAUACCUUUUGUAUAUUUUUCCUUACUGCAGUUCCUAGUAUGCUUUGCAAGGUUUAGAUGAGCACAGACUGUUCUCAUAGAUUCCCUCUGCGUUUCUAACUGUAACGGAUUUAAAAUUUGCUGUACUGUGAGACUGUUGUUUGGCCUCUACUAGUUCUAAUAAAAGGCUUUUUUAUUGUAAAUUUAAAGUACAAAUAAAGUCAAUCUUGUUGAUA